AUGGAUGACGACGGGAAGCUUUCGGAAGCUCACGAGCACAAACAAGGCCCAUUUAUACGCUCUACAUUCUUGCUCACGGAACAGCAGGACUCAGCCGAGACAUCGCUGCGCAGACGAGUGAAGUGCCCAGAAGUGGACAAGGUGACAGCUUCAAGUAGAUAUGAAAAGCGGAAAGGAGACCACAUCGAAAGCUUUGAGCGGAGCGUCUGGCAGAACAAAUGA